AUGACAAGUAGAGUAGGUCAUUCGGGGCCAAUGCGUGUGCUGGUGACUGGUGGGUCUGGGUUGGUGGGCAAAGCCAUUGAGCAUGUGGUGCAGAAGGAAGGUGGGAAACUAGAGGGAGAAGAAUGGAUCUUCCUCUCCAUGAAAGAUGCUGAUCUUGUAGAUGCUGGGCAGACGAGAGCUGUGUUCGAGAAGUAUCGCCCCACCCAUGUCAUCCACCUGGCUGCAAAAGUCGGAGGACUCUAUCUACACAUGAGGGAGAACCUGCAGUUUCUGAGGGACAACAUCAAAAUCAAUGACAAUGUCCUGCAAACGGCCCACGAGAUGGGCAUCACCAAGGUUGUGUCUUGCCUGUCCAGCUGUAUCUUCCCUGACAAAACCACAUACCCCAUUGAUGAGACCAUGAUACACGACGGACCACCUCACGACUCUAAUUUUGGAUACUCGCAUGCUAAAAGGAUGAUUGACGUUCAGAACAGGGCAUACUUCCAGCAGCACGGCCGGCGUUACACAGCCGUCAUCCCCACCAAUGUGUUUGGUCCCUAUGACAACUUCAGCACAGAAAAUGGUCACGUGCUGUCAGCGCUCAUUAACAAGACAUACAAAGCCAAAAAGGAAGGGAGUCCUGUGAAUGUAUGUGGCUCCGGAGCUCCUAGAAGACAGUUCAUCUAUUCUCUGGACUUGGGCCGUCUAAUCAUUUGGGUCCUGAGAGAAUAUGAAGAAGUUGACCCCAUUAUCCUCUCUGUGGGUGAAGAGGAUGAGGUCUCAAUCAAGGAGGCUGUGGACACGAUAGCAGUCGCCCUGGACUUCAAAGGCAAAAUACAUUUUGACACCACCCUGUCUGAUGGCCAGAUGAGGAAGACAGCCAGCAAUGGCAAGCUAAGAAGCUACCUCCCCGACUUCACCUUCACACCCCUUAAAGAAGCUAUAAAGAUGACCUGUGACUGGUUCGUGGCCAACUAUGACACUGCCCGCACAUGA